AUGCGUGAUGCUUGGGAGGGCGAAAUGAGGGCAUCAUUCCAAUUCUUGUCCUACCAGAACGAGAUGCACUUGGCGGAGAGGCUUCUUAUGGAUGGACUGGAAAGUGUUCACACUUCAAUCCGCAAGUUGAUUCAAGGAGAGCUAACCAAGACCAUCAACAAAAAGGAUGAGCAGCGCUGUAGAAUCAUGAUCAAGCAGUCCAGACUUCUCUUCGGGGUAUGCGACCCGUCAGAUACUAGCAUCGAUGGACAUGGCAAACUAGAGCAAGGGAAAUGCUUUGUGAGAAUUACAAAUCGCGAAGAUGGCGAGCCUCGAACAAUUGUCAACACCGAAGUCCUGGUCACUAGGAAUCCGUGCCUACAUCCGGGAGAUCUCCAGAAGUUCAAGGUUGUGGAUGUACCGGAAUGGACACACCUCACAGACUGUAUCGUGUUUCCAACAUCUAGUAACCGACCAAGCGCUGAUCUGAUGUCUGGGGGGGACUUGGACGGCGACAAGUUCUUUGUGACAUGGGAUCCAGACAUCAUUCCCCGUAAAAUUGCCCAGGCGGCAGCGUACCCAGCAGGCAAACAGCGAAUUGAGUUUGAGGAAAUCACUGCGGAUAGAAGAGCCGAGUUCUUCGCCCGGUAUACCAACGCCUCGCUGGGGAGGGUGAAGAAUUUGUACCUCAAGUGGGCAAGACUCAAAGGUCCGCUCAGUCCGGAGUGUCAGCAGCUCAAUCGCUUGUUCUCGCAGUGCGUAGACGGCAAUCGGACCAGAAUUCCUCAGAACCUCGAAGAUCCACCUGAGCCUGCUGGAACGGACGGUCUAUCUUUCGUACUGGACGUGCUCCACGAAAACGCUAUCCGCCAAGUCGCUGCAUUCACCAAUUCGAGGGCCGCUUUAGACACCCUCCCCGGAGACUUGUUAGAUUUCAUCUCAAGCCGUGAGGACUCUGCUUUGUCAGAGUUUGAACUGGUUCAACUGGUCCUCCGAAAAUGCAAAAAGGAGGGCCUUCAUUUCGGCGACUACGCACCGUACUUCAACUACCCUGCGCUAAGUGAGGAACAACGUCUUUGGGUCCUGGACAUCCUCCCGCCCACGAAGGGUUUGCCUGAUUUGGUUCGGAAUGGCUUGCUGCAGUCUGGCCUUGUUCAACGAGAUGAAUUGCGCGUAUUCGGAUUGGAUCACCAUCGUCUACACUGGAAGCCUAUUUUCGCCACAUCUACGGACCGUAUGGGACAGUUUCUCACCACUGCUGGUCGUGCCCUGGAGAACUUCCACAAAAAGCUCAUUAUCAUCCAGGCAGACGAACGCUUGCUUUUAAUGAUCUAUAUCCCGCAGAAGAUAGCCAGGGCCACUGAAACUGAUGUUUCUGAUUCAGUGCGUGUCUUUGCCCUACCUCGCUCAGCCGGAGUAGAGUCUGCAAGAUACACCGUCAAGCCCACCAAGUCAAACUCCCGACUUUAUUACGACGACGCUGUUUUCCAAUUGUACGAAGAGAAACGCGGCAAUACAUUUGUGUACCUGCAGAAAGGACCCCAAGAUCUUUCAGCCGUGGCAAGCAUUGAGAGCAGAGGUGACAGACGAAGGAAGAAACAAGAGACCGUCGAUACAGGAAUCAAUUACGACUUCAGAGCUAGUGUGGCGUUGGGAAAAAUCAAUGAGCCCGUGCGGAGGCAUGUUGGCCGUAUGAACCGUGCUGGGAUUCAAGCAGCUGAAGUAUAUGUUAUCAGCAAUCGUGAUGUGGAGUCUAUGCAUUUUCUUGACGCUUGGCUUGACUAUGUCGAUACUGAAGAAGUACUACCAUUGUUCGCUUCGAGCCCAAAGGAGUACGUUGCGCCCACAUUGGAAAGUCUGGAGCAUGACAACAUUCCACCUGCAGUGCGCAGCGUCGUGUGGGAUGGCAAUGUCUCAGCUAUCAAGACCAUGACGAGGUCUAGCGACAUUUGCUUGGUGCUCGAACUGCUUGAUAAUGCCAGAGAGAGGACACGCUUGCGGAAUGUUUAUGGCGAGAUCCUGCAAUAUGUACAGGAUGGAACGAUUGCAAUGGACGGUGCGACUCUUGUACGACUCUUGCUGGAUGGCCUAGCCCAGUAUCCCUUUCUUGCUCACAUGUUUCUCGAAUCAAAAGCCUGGACUACGUGGAGAGAUUCUUUGGCGACUGAAGCUUCAGAGGUCUUUCCCAAAGUUCUGCGUGAACUUGUCCUGAGUGCCAAUCAUUUACAGUCUCUUAUCCGACACCCUUUCAUGCUGCUUCUCAAGGAGAUUUCGAGAAUAUCACUCCAGGAACUGGCUGACCUCAUCGAGCUCGUGGCAUUGGGCGUCGAGCAGCCAAACGUCGCUCUAGAUCUGUUACUCGACUGUAUCCAGCCCGAGAUAGCGAGACUUCUGAAUGAAUCGCCGAAGGAGACUGAACAGAUCAUCUGCCAUCUUAUGGGUAUUGCAUUGAAUCAUAUUGAUGAGGGGAGCAGUGAAAGCAAGCCAUCUAGACAUAGUCUCGAACUAAGCCUGGAUGGUCAUAAAGAUGGCUUCGAAGUUGUCAAAGCCAGCCUCCGCAUCGACAUACCGGAAGGACCGCCCAAGAUAGGAGACCACGUGCGCUUCAUGGCGAUAGGACCGCCUCGAAAUGCACCGACUGAAUCUCCAUACACCAUGGACGCCGUUGUCGUUGGCUCAGAUCAAGGCUCGGCAUCGUUCCGGUGCAUACAUCGCAUACCAUCGUAUCUCGCCGACUGUACGUGGAGCUACAAAAGUUGCKGCUCUUUUUUGACUAGUAAAGCCAUGCUGGAUGCCGUCACAAAGUUCUAUGGUGAGAAAACCGCUUGCUGCAGCCUCUAUCAUCAGCUCGUUGGGAUAUCCGCUCCGGUCAGAACUGAGCUUGAACCCCUAGCCAGGGAGGAGAAUCACGACGCUACGACAUCCAAACUGAACAAAAGUCAAAACAUGGCUCUCACUGCCGCGUUGGAAAACCCUCUGGCAUUCUUAUGGGGUCCUCCAGGUACCGGCAAGACUCAAACCAUCGUGACGAUACUCAAAACAUUGCUAUCAAAGUUCCCGCUAUCCCGAUUCCUCAUCACGGCACCGACCCACAAUGCAGUGGACAACACCUUGCAUCGUUUCAUUGCCGAGGGCGGUACGCGUAUCGCAAAGCCUCUACGAGUUGCUACUGAUGUCCGCAAAGUAUCACCUCAGCUUCGUCAGUACACAUGCGAUGCCAUGGUGGGAAAAGAUCUAUCCGAAAGCCACGCAGGACGGCGUGCAGCGCAAAAAAAGGUCAAUUCCAGUCGUCUCGUUUUUACCACAUGCGUUGGAUCGGCCCUGGGACUGCUCCGAGAAGAAGUGUUUGAUAUUGUACUUGUCGACGAGGCUUCCCAACAGACAGAGCCCGAGACUCUGAUCCCUCUUACAAAAGGCUGCAAGCGUGCAAUCCUGGUUGGAGACCAUGUACAGCUUCGAGCUACAGUGGAGAGACAUGCAGUCAUCACAGGCUUCGAUAUAUCAUUAUUCGAAAGACACUACGAGUUACCAAGCACCCCAGGCGUUGCGAAAGUCAUGCUCGACACGCAGUACAGAAUGCACCCGGACAUUUGUGCAUUCAGCUCCGAAACUUUCUAUCAAGGAAGAUUGAAGUCUGACCAACGUACGGACAUGAUUGGAAUUCUCAUUUCUCGUUUCCCGUUUCCCAAGACUUGUAGAAAGGUCUUCCUCCAAUGUGACAGUACCGAAGAUCUUGGGAACCAAUCGAAGGCGAACUCAGGGCAGGUGAAGCUCUGUCAGCUAGUUUGUGGGAUGCUUUCUGACACCACACUGCCGACUCCGGACGAGAAGAACAUGAAGAAUAUAACCAAGCCAGAGGUUGUUAUUCUUACACCCUACACCCGCCAACGAGAAGCAUUGCAAACUGCAAUUCCAACUCAUGGAGUGUCCAGUAUAGAUGGUUUCCAGGGUCGAGAAGCUGAUAUCAUCGUAUUUGUCACUGUGCGCUGCAAUCAACACUAUGACAUCGGCUUUCUGAAGGAUAUGCGACGCUUGAAUGUUGCCAUGACAAGGGCAAAAGCAGGUGUCAUCAUUAUUGGGCACCGUUCCACUAUGACGACGCAGGCUAGUGGAGAUUCAGAUACAGAGAGUAAGAUCGUAUGGAAGAAGUUAUUGGAUCAGUGUGUUGAGGUACAGUUAACCGAAACCACAAGGCCUGUUUCAGGAACGUCUUCAUUAGUAGCUCAUUCUGUUCCUCUCUAA